AUUUUUCCAAUUUUAAUUUCCGGUAGGGAAUUUUCUUUCCUCUGACGGUCGAAGAUUCACAAAGGAACGAGGGAGAGAGAGAGGGAGAUUGAUGUUUGGGAGCUGAAGUUGUUUCUCAAUUCCCUUACUUUAGAUAUUUUAUUGGAGGACUCUCUCUCUUCAUACGUAACUAUACGCAAUCGAAUCAAAGUUCUAUUAACAGAAAGAAGAAGAAGAAGAAGAAGUUUAUAAUUACUCAACGAUGGUGAAGGUGAGAAUGAACACGGCCGAUGUGGCCGCCGAGGUUAAAUGCUUGCGCCGAUUAAUCGGCAUGCGCUGCUCUAACGUCUACGACAUCUCUCCCAAGACCUAUGUGUUCAAGCUAUCGAAUAGUAGCGGAAUGACGGAAUCGGGGGAGAGUGAGAAGGUUUUGUUGUUGAUGGAAAGUGGGGUCAGAUUGCACACCACUGCUUAUCUCCGAGAAAAAAAUAACACCCCUUCUGGGUUUACACUUAAAUUGAGGAAGCAUAUAAGAACAAGAAGGCUUGAGGAUGUGAGACAACUUGGAUAUGACAGGAUAAUUCUCUUUCAGUUUGGAUUGGGUGCUAAUGCUUUCUAUGUAAUAUUAGAGCUAUAUGCUCAAGGAAAUAUCAUUCUUACAGAAUCUGAUUUCAUGGUCUUGACACUUCUACGUUCACACAGAGAUGAUGAUAAAGGCUUAGCUAUUAUGUCACGACACAACUAUCCAGUUGAAAUAUGCCGUAGUUUUAACAGGACUACCAGUGAAAAGUUACAGGCUGCCUUGCUAUUUUCUGCAGAAUCUACUGAAAAAGAAUCUAUAGAAAAUACUGAGCACAAAACUGAUACUUCUGAUGCACAUGAAGGAAAAGCAGCCCGCAAAGGCAAAAAAAUCAAUGAAUCUACUAAAAAUGAUGGAACCCGUGCCAAGCAGGCAACUUUAAAGUCUAUCCUUGGGGAGGCAUUGGGCUAUGGACCAGCACUUUCUGAACAUAUGAUUUUAGAUGCUGGCUUAAUUCCAAAUACAAAAGUUGGGAAAGAUUUUAAAUUAGAAUGUGAUGCUCUGAAUUCUCUUAUGGAGGCUGUCAGAAAAUUUGAGGACUGGUUGGAGGACAUUAUAUCAGGUGAAAAAGUUCCAGAAGGUUACAUACUAAUGCAACAAAAGACUCUGGCUAAAAAGGCUACCCCCAUAUCUGAAACAGAACCUUCUGAGAAGAUUUAUGAUGAAUUCUGCCCACUGUUACUGAAUCAGUUCAAGUCAAGGGUUUCUACCAAGUUUGAGACAUUUGAUGCAGCAUUAGAUGAGUUCUAUACUAAAAUUGAAAGUCAACGUGUUGAGCAACAAAUAAAAGCCAAAGAAAGCUCUGCUAUGCAGAAGCUCAGUAAGAUCCGCACUGACCAGGAAAAUCGUGUUUUAACACUGAAGAACGAAGUUGAGCAUUGUGUUAAAAUGGCAGAAUUGAUAGAAUAUAAUUUGGAAGAUGUCGAUGCUGCUAUCUUAGCAGUCCGUGUUGCACUUGCAAAAGGAAUGAGUUGGGAAGAUCUAGCUCGUAUGGUGAAAGAGGAGAAGAAAUCUGGGAAUCCAGUUGCAGGACUUAUUGACAAGUUGCAUCUUGAAAGAAAUUGCAUGACAUUACUUCUUAGCAACAAUCUUGAUGAAAUGGAUGAUGAUGAAAAGACACAACCUGUGGACAAAGUAGAAGUUGACCUAUCACUUUCGGCACAUGCAAAUGCUAGGCGAUGGUAUGAAAUGAAGAAAAAGCAAGAGAAUAAACAAGAAAAAACUGUUACUGCAUAUGACAAAGCAUUUAAGGCUGCUGAGAAAAAGACGCGACAACAAUUAUCUCAGGAAAAAACUGUUGCUGCUAUUUCACAUAUCCGCAAAGUUCAUUGGUUUGAAAAAUUUAAUUGGUUCAUUAGCAGCGAGAAUUAUUUGGUUAUAAGUGGUCGUGAUGCACAUCAGAAUGAGAUGAUAGUCAAGCGAUACAUGUCCAAAGGAGAUUUGUAUGUACAUGCUGAUCUCCAUGGAGCGUCUAGCACUGUGAUCAAGAAUCACAAGCCUGAUUUUCCUAUACCUCCUCUCACUUUGAACCAAGCAGGAUGCUACACUGUUUGCUACAGCCAGGCAUGGGACUCAAAAAUAGUUACUAGUGCUUGGUGGGUCUAUCCUCAUCAAGUUAGUAAAACUGCUCCUACUGGAGAAUAUCUUACUGUUGGAAGUUUCAUGAUCCGUGGUAAAAAAAAUUUUCUUCCUCCACACCCUCUUGUUAUGGGAUUUGGAAUAUUGUUUCGCUUGGAAGAGAGUUCUUUAGGGUCUCAUUUGAAUGAAAGGAGGGUAAGAGGUGAAGAGGAAGGAGCCAAUGAUGCUGAUAAGGAUGAACCUUCCCAAGAAGUUCCUGGUUCUGAAUCUGAUGAGGAGGUUUCAGCUGACAAAGGUGCAGUAGAUUCAAAAGAUACCUUAGAUUUGUCAAGAAAUAAAUCAAGUUUCGAAGGGUUGUCUUCUGAAACUCAAUCUGGUAAUGGCCUGAAUGUGUCUGAUGAUAAGCCUAGUGAUUCACAUUACUCUGGUAUUGAUAAUGGCGAUGAAACCAACUAUGAUGUGUCUGCUUCUGCUGGGAAAAUGGUUUCUUCAGUUACACCACAGUUAGAGGAUCUUAUUGAUAGAGCUCUUGAGAUUGGAUCUUCUACUAAAAAGCAAGGAUUUCCUUCUUCAUCAGAACCAGAGCAGCAUAAUAAUGAAGAGAAAAAGGUAACACUGAGAGAUAAACCCUUUGUUUCAAAAGCUGAAAGAAGAAAGCUAAAGAAAGGACAAAAAGACGGCACCGAGGAUCAACCUGCUGAGCAUGGGAAAGAAGCAGAAGAGCAGCUUGGCACAGAGAAUCAUAAAAAUGCCAACCAUGCAAAGCCUGUUGGCGCAAAAAUCAGCCGGGGGCAAAAGAGUAAGCUCAAGAAGAUAAAAGAGAAAUAUGCAGAUCAGGAUGAGGAGGAACGGAGCAUUCGGAUGGCUCUAUUGGCUCCUGCUGGGAAAGUCCAAAAGGAUGAAAAAGCAUUAGAGGAUGAAAAAGCUGCAAAAGAGGUUGUAACAAAACCGAAGCAGGUCGAUGAUGCUCCAAAAAUAUGUUACAAGUGUAAGAAGGCUGGUCAUUUGUCUAAGGAUUGUAAAGAGCUUCCAGAUGAAGCUGUACAGAGUACUGCAAAUGGUGGGGAUCUCUCCCAAAUUGGUGUUCAAAAUACUGCCCAUAAAAGAGAUACUAUACCGAUGGAGGAGGAUGAUAUUCAUGAGAUUGGUGAAGAGGAGAAAGAGAAAUUGAAUGAUGUGGACUAUCUGACUGGCAUUCCAUUGGCAGAUGAUAUUCUCCUGUACGCUGUUCCUGUUUGUGGACCUUAUAACGCUCUCCAGUCGUACAAAUACCGCGUCAAGUUAGUUCCCGGUUCUGUUAAGAAAGGAAAAGCGGCAAAAACAUCAAUGAACUUGUUUAAUCAUAUGCCGGAGGCUACAAGCAGAGAGAAGGAAUUGAUGAAGGCAUGCACAGAUCCAGAGCUUGUUGCAGCCAUUAUCGGAAAUGUGAAAAUCACUUCUGCUGGUCUUACUCAACUAAAGCAAAAACAAAAGAAAAACAAAAAGUCGAACAAAUGAGAAAGCUAGUUAGCACGCAGCAAAGAAUGAGUGUAGAUAGGCACAAAUAUGAGGUGAGGGGUUUUGAAUGCGUGCAGAAGAUUACAUUUGCUCAACAUUUUGCUUCGUCCCCUCUGUUGUUGCCUCUCUCAGCUUUUGUUUCGUUACUAA